UUUCAAUUUGUUUGAUUGCGCUGUUGGAGUGACGUAUACUAAGCCAGCCAAUCAUAUUUAUCCACAUAAACUACCAUAGUAAUUUAAGCGAACGUGAAGUGAGUUUCCGUAAAUUGUGAAAACUCUACGUCUAAACAUGUUCUCGUAUUUACUGUUAUUGUCCUACAUUUUGUGUUUGACGUCAUGUGAAGAGAAGAAAGAAGAUUACGGAACUGUUAUAGGAAUCGACUUAGGCACUACAUAUUCUUGCGUUGGUGUAUUUCAAGGAGGCCGAGUUGAAAUUAUUGCGAAUGAUCAGGGUAACAGGAUUACUCCCUCAUAUGUGGCAUUCACUCCGGAAGGCGAGCGACUGAUUGGAGAUGCUGCUAAAAACCAGCUGACAUCGAAUCCGGAAAACACAAUUUUCGACGUCAAGAGACUUAUUGGAAGAAAGUUCGAUGAAUCUACUGUACAGGGUGACAUAACUCAUUUCCCUUUUUCCGUCGUUAAUAAAAAGAAUAAGCCGUAUGUCGAAGUUCACGUUGGAUCAGAAGUCAAGACUUUUGCCCCGGAGGAGAUCUCUGCUAUGGUGUUAGGGAAAAUGAAAGAGUUUGCUGAAGCUUAUCUUGGCAAAAAGGUUACUCAUGCAGUUGUUACUGUUCCAGCUUAUUUUAACGACGCACAGCGCCAGGCAACCAAAGAUGCUGGUACAAUUGCUGGUUUGAAUAUACUCCGGAUUAUUAAUGAACCAACUGCUGCUGCAAUUGCUUACGGUCUAGAUAAGAAAGAUGGUGAGAAAAAUAUUCUUAUAUUUGAUCUUGGAGGAGGUACUUUCGACGUUUCAUUACUUACGAUUGAGAACGGAGUGUUCGAAGUAGUUGCUACCAAUGGUGACACACAUCUUGGUGGAGAGGACUUUGACCAACGUGUUAUUGAUCAUUUUGCAAAGCUAAUACUGGAAAAGAAGGGCAAAGAUAUUAAGGCCAAUAAACGUGCGGUACAAAAACUAAGACGGGAAGUUGAGAAAGCCAAAAGAAUGCUCAGUAAACGACCAUCUACUACGGUAGAAAUUGAGUCCCUUAUCGAUGGUGAGGAUUUUUCCGAAACACUUACACGAGCGACAUUUGAGAAAUUAAACAUCGAUUUAUUCUUAAAAACUUUGGAACCAGUCAAAAAAGUCCUUGAAGAUGCGGGCAUGAAGAAAGAGGAUAUCGAUGAAAUUAUUCUAGUUGGUGGUUCUACUCAAAUCCCUAAGGUUCAAGAACUUCUACGAAGUUUUUUCGAAAAAGAACUUAACACAGGAGUUAAUCCAGAUGAAGCAGUUGCAUACGGUGCAGCUGUUCAGGGUGGCGUUAUUGGUGGUGUGGAGAACACUGGAGGCGUUGUGCUUUUAGAUGUAUGCCCAUUGACUUUGGGUAUUGAAACGGUUGGUGGUGUCAUGACGAAACUUAUUCCAAGAAAUACAGUUAUUCCAACGAAGAAGUCUCAGAUAUUUUCUACAGCUGCUGACAACCAGCCGACUGUCACAAUACAGGUAUUUGAGGGUGAACGAGCUAUGACAAAGUUCAAUCAUUUCCUUGGCAAGUUUGACCUGACAGGUAUUCCUCCGGCACUGCGUGGAGUCCCACAAAUUGAGGUGACAUUUGAGAUUGACGUCAACGGCAUACUUAGAGUUUCCGCAGAAGAUAAAGGGACCGGUAGUAAAAACAAAAUAGAAAUCAAUAAAGACCAACAUCGCUUAGAUGCAGAAGAAAUCGAAAAAAUGAUUAAUGAUGCAGAACAGUUUGCAGCUUCAGAUAAGAAGUUAAAGGAGCGUGUUGAUGCCAGAAACGAAUUCGAAAGUUCUGCUUAUACUCUAAAAUCUCAGAUUGCAGACAAGGGUCAACUUGGGGAAAAACUUAGUGCUGACGACAAGAAGAAAAUCGAGAAAGCUAUUGAGGAAGCUAUUUCAUAUUUAGACGGUAAUCCACAAGCUGAGGUUGAAGAAUUAAAACAGAAAAAGAAAGCUUUCGACGACAUUGUCCAACCUAUAAUUUCCUCAUUAUAUCAGCAAUCAGGUGCUCCUCCCCCAGCCCAGCCUGAAACGGAAAGAGAUGAACUGUAAAUGUUUGGCUUUGUUGCAUCCCCUGUAUAUUAAUCCAAUGUGUCUUCACCUUCAUUUUCGUUUGUUUGACAAAAGAUAUAUGCUUGUUUUUUCGAGUCUAGUUUUCUUUAUAAUAAAAUGAAAGGUCACGCUUAUCGUCAUUUUGGUUUAUUCGGGGGUUCAUGCACUAAAAC